AUGGCUCCAUCCAUGUAUAGCAAGGACGAGAAGGUCCUUUGCUUCCACCACGACAUCCUUUACGAUGCCAAGAUCCUGGAUGUUCGUCAUAAGGACGCCAACGACAAGAAGAGUCCCUUCGAGUACCAAGUUCACUACAAGGGCUGGAAGAAUACCUGGGAUGACUGGGUGCUUGAGGACCGUCUUCGCAAGCACACCGAAGAUAAUCGCGAAUUAGCGAACAACCUUCGCCGCGAAGCCGAAGCUUCGUACCGCCUUAAGAACACCAAAGCCUCCGCAAAGAAGCGUGGCGGUUCCGAUCGUGACUCUGUGCGGGAUAGCGAGGAGCGUGGAGCCUCCGUGCCCGGACGUGGCACAAAGAGAGCCCGUGACAAUGAUAUCGAAAAGGAAGAGAGCUUCAACACCCGCCCCUCAGUCCGCAUUGUGAUGCCGGAUAAUCUGAAAUCCCUGCUUGUCGAUGACUGGGAACAAGUUACCAAAAACCAAUGUGUCGUCGCGUUGCCUGCAAAGAUUUCCGUGCGCCAAAUUCUCAAAGACUGGCACGAGGAGGAGGAGACUAAGCGCUCCGGUUCCUCCGCUGAUGAAGAUGUCCUGGAAGAAGUUGUGGCCGGUCUCCAGGAAUACUUUGAUAAGUGUCUCGACAAAAUCCUGCUCUACCGCCACGAGCGGCAUCAAUACCGCGGUCUGCGUAAGAAGUUCGAGGCUGCUACCGGUGAGCUGGCGGACAAGGGACCAAUUGAUGUUUAUGGCGCCGAACAUCUGAUUCGAUUGUUCAGCACCAUGCCCGAGCUGAUUGCUCAGACAAAUAUGGAUAUGCAGGCUACGAACCGGCUACGUGAGGAGAUUUCCAAGCUUUCUAUGUGGUUGAGCAAGAACUCGGAGAAGUACUUUGCGACUAGCUAUGUUGUUGCAGAAAGCAUUCAAUGA